AUAGGUAGGUAAUUUGCAGAAAUGGAGCAGGAGGAGGAGACGGCGUUGAAGUCGCUGUCGACGGACUACCUCAACCUGCUCAUCCACGGACAGGGCUUCAGCGACGUCAGCUUCAGCGUCGACGGCCGCGUCAUCCACGCUCACCGCUGCAUCCUCGCCGCCCGCUCCCUCUUCUUCCGGAAGUUAUUCUCCGAAGGCGGCGGCGGCGUCGUCGGGAUCAUACCGGUGAUCGCCGUCAGCUACGAGGUUUUCCUCCUGGUGCUGCAGUUCCUCUACAGCGGCCGGGUCUCGCUGACGCCUCAGAAGCACGAGGCGCGCGCCGACUGCCCCGAUCUCACCUGCUGUCACACACACUGCCCCGCCGCCGUGGACUUGGCCCUUGAGACCCUCUCCGCCGCCCGCUUGUUGGACCUUAAUCCCCUUGCCCUCCUCGCUCAGAGGCAUUUGGUCGGAAUGGUGGAGAAGGCGCCGAUCGAGGAAGCGAUGAGGGUGCUAAUGGCGUCGAGGAUUCAGAACGUGGGGCAGCUGUGGACGGCGUGCUCCCACCUGGUAGCCAAGUCCGGCCUACCGGCGGAGGUGCUCGCCAAGUACCUCCCCCUCGACGUGGUCGUCGGCAUCGAGGAGAUCCGGCUCAAGAUCACCUCCCUCGAGUACGGCUGCGGUGGCGCCGGAGGCUUAUUCCCGGUGCAGUUGCAUACCGGCGAGCUCACCGUCCCCAGCGGCGGCGACCGUCGCUUGGACGACGAGCAGCAUAAGCUGCGGCGGAUGCGGCGGGCGCUGGACAGCUCGGACGUGGAGCAGGUGAAGCUGAUGGUGAUGGUGGAGGGGCUCAACCUCGACGAUGCUCUCGCGCUCCACUACGCCGUCGAGAACUGCAGCCGCGAGGUGAUGAAGGAGCUACUGGAGCUAGGGGCGGCGGACGUGAACCUCCGGGCGGGGCCGGCGGGCAAGACGCCGCUCCACGUGGCUGCCGAGAUGGUCUGCCCGGACAUGGUCUCCGUGCUGCUGGACCACAACGCCGACCCCACCGCCCGCUCCCUCGACGCCUCCGCCGUCACGCCCCUCGACUUCCUCCGCGGCCUCUCCUCCGAAUUCCACUUCAAGGGAGCCCGCGCCGCUGGCCUCGCCCACGUCGAUCCCAACAAGCUCCGCCUCUCCCUCGAGCUCCUCCAGUCAGCUGUGCUCGUCAUGUCACGCGAGGCAGCUGCCGCCGCCAACACGAACGACAAUAAAGGCGGCGCCGCCGCCGCCAUUGCGCAUCACCACUCCAUGAAUGUCUACCCUCGGUAAAUAUAAACCCACAAUCAAAUCUCUCGGAUUUUCACAUAUUUAGUAGCAUACCAGAAAGAUCACACGUACAUACCAGUAUCUAGGGUUUGGGACCACUAGCUAUAUGAUUUUUUUUUUUAAAAUUCAAUAAAUAAAAUGAGGCUAGCUCCUGUCAAUGUAAAGUUUCUCACAAGAAUGUAUUGGUGAAGUUUCAGUCUUCAUGUGGGUUUGAUAAUGAUCCUGCCUAAGACUAUCAACGAGCGAACUAUCAAUGAGUUGACAUUAAAGAUGAUUAAAUCGUCGAUCACCCAGAAACA